AUGUUGCUGCACGUUGCUUGGACCUGCACUCCUCAGAAAGCAGACUAUGUCUUGGUGUCCUGCUUUCCUAACGUCAUCAUCGCCCAUGUCCCAGAGUGUCCUUACGGCUGGGAGAUCGACCAGCUGUCUUUGGGUGGAGUGUGUUAUACCGGAGUGCACAGCACAGGUUACUACCGCUUCAUCAUCUCUGACCUCACGCCGAAAAAUCACUCUUAUUGUGGCACUCAAGCAGAGUACGUACCCGGGAAAGACCCGAGGUACAUCUUCAUCAACUCCAUCGUAUCCAAUGACACGCUGCUCACAGUUCGCAAUCAGCCCAUCAACUUCACCUUCAGCUGCACGUACCGAGCUGCUUAUCUGGUCAACAACGCCGUCUUCAGCCAAAGAGUGGCCACAGUUUAUGUGAACAAUGGAAGUUUAGGCACUUUUAGGUCACAGCUGUCUAUGAGUGUGUUCACGAAUUCCAAGUUCCUCUACGCCAAAGAUGCCCCGUUUGUAAUCGAUUCCUCGGAGAUUGGUUCUGAAGUCUUCAUCGGCAUUGAGGCUAAAGGCUUAAGCAACAGAUUCAAGGUGGUCAUCAACAACUGCUGGGCCACUCCCUCACCUCAUUCAACGGACAGGAAGAGGUGGAGCCUCAUCAUUAACAGUUGUUCGUCAGACAACUCUGUGAUUAUAUUCGAGAACGCAAAAGACAGUCGCUCCACUUUCAAGUUCAACUCUUUUCGCUUCCAACGCCUGGAGAAGGCUUCCACUGUUUGGCUCCACUGUGAGGUCCAGGUCUGUGACGGAGAGAGACUUGUGUGUCAGCCGAAUCCAUGUUCUAUGAGGCGCCGUCCGAUGGAAUUAGAGCCAAGCGGUGGAGUCUUGACAGCAGAGUUUCAUCUUAAAGGGAAUGGUUUCAUCAGUAAUGGACAAAUAACAGGUGCCUCGCUUUUCCUUCUACUGGUGACCACGAUUGUCUGCUUGUGUUGUGAUUCAGUGAAUCUAGCAUGAGUUUUACCGAAGGCAAUUGCACUUACGGAUGACACAAAUAGUGGGUGACGCAG